GGGGGAUGAGGAUGAUGAUGAAGAUGAAGAGGAGGAGGGGGGUGAUGAGGAGGGUUUGGAUCUGCAGCGCAUGGCUGCGGAUGCUGAGUGGGAGGCCUCCUCGCUGUUGGAUAUGCCGCCCGAGGUGCUGCUGCGGGCGGCGGAGGCGGCGGAGGCGGAGGCGAGGGAGGGGCACUGGGCGACGCCGGAGGAUGAGGCCGCCCUCUCCCGCAUCAUCGCCAAGUGCCGCGCCCUGCUGUCGCUGCAGGCGCUCAGCAUCCAGGCCGCCUCGCACCACCCGGGGGGGCAGGAGGCGGCGGACAUGCAGGUGGCGGAGGCGAUGGCGGCGAUCAGGCGGGCGGAGGCGGAGGCGAGUGGCGCGGCGCUGCGAGCGGCGGUGAUGGGGGUGG